UUCAAUUAGUGUGACGCUUGUAUUCGUAACGGUUAUAGGUGAGAGAACAAAAACCAAGUUCCGAUGUGUUGCGAGCAUUGUCUAUGAGGCCUUUCAAGCGUGUUCGGACUUGGAACCAGAUAUUUGUCGGUGGCUUUAAUUUCCACACACAGUCCUAUGGCAAACACAAAUCUACGAUGAAUUACGGGGUGUGUGUCUCAAGUGAGGACGGUGGAGAGUACUUUGGCAUUUUAAACAACAUAAUUGAACUUGUCUACACCGGUCCCGAAAAAGAGUACAAGACUAUUUUGUUUAGUUGUAGUUGGAUGGAUUGUGGUAAAGGAAUGAACAUUCAUGAACAAUACAAGCUUGUCGAAGUAAAUCAUACUAAGAAGUAUCCCAAGUAUGAUCCAUUUGUCUUAUCUUACUAAGUGUCUCAAGUGUAUUAUGCAUCUUACCCUAGCCUUAAACGUGAUCGGGUUCAAUGGUGGGCUGUAUUUAGAACUCAAGCAAGGUCGGUGAUUGAUGCUCCGGUGGAUUUAGAGUUUUUGCAGGGUCCUUCACCACAAGUACAUGCAACGCUUUGUCCACCAAAUGACAUUCCAGACUAUGAACUUGAUAGUGAUGAUGAUGAUGACGAUGGCUUUAUUAUCUCAAGCGAUGAAGAAGAAGAAGAAAGCAUUGGCUCCAGUGACAGUGACGAAGAAGAGGACAUCGAUGUAUUUUUAGAUGACACUAGUGAUAGUAAUAAUGAUAGUGGUAGUAGUGAUAAGAGUAAUGAAGAGGAGAAUAUGUAGUUACUCCUUUAACUAUUGUCUUCGAAUGUUUAGUUUUUAAUGACUACUCGGACUUGUAAUAUUGCAUUACAUUUUUGGUGUCAUUUUUUUAUUUUAAUGUCUUAUGGAUCUAAUUUAUGAAUUUACAAUGUGCGAUCAUGGUACUAACAACUUUUUCAGGUGGUCAUCAUGGGAGGAGGAAAUAAAGGAGAAACGUCCAGGAGGAGAAAGACUAAGGGGAAAUCUGAGGUUGUACGUGUUGACGAGGAUGAGUCAAUGGAGGAAGAGGAGGCACAUGAUUUGGGGGCCUCUCAAGAAAUCGUUAAUCGGAGACAGAUUCCUAGGCAUGUACAAGGGCAACAGGAGCAACAGGAACAAGAGCUACAGGACCCGCAUCCUAAUGACUUGCUAGAGUUGGACCCUUCCACACUUUGGUUUGAUGAUAUCCCGGUGAAGAAUGUGUUCUCCGACUCGCUAACCGGCUACUAUGUUGAGCCUUGGAGGAAUUAUGGAGAGGUUGAUGAAGAUUCGAGAGAGCACUUUUGGAACUUGUUCAACAAAAAAUUCAAGUGGGCACCUAAGUUAAACAACCAAGUGAAGGACACUUUCGAAGAAAAGUUUGCAAAUCGCCUACACCAAGAUGGCUUAAUAAGGAUGUCCACGAAGGCAUGA